AUGUUGCGCAACGCCCUCGCCAACGUUUCCCGCCCUCUUGUCGCCCAAGCGAGGACGGCCACCACCCUUUCGGCUGGUUUCCCAAAAAUUAUUGACCGACCUUCCACAAAGUAUGGAGGCGUCUACACCGUUACGUUAAUUCCCGGUGACGGUAUCGGUGCAGAAAUCACAGACUCGGUCAAGGAGAUCUUUGAGUAUGUCAAUGCCCCCAUUGAAUGGGACCAGUAUGACGUUUCGGGAAUGUCGUCCUCUGGCGAGGCCCUUUUCAAGCAAGCCAUGGAUAGCUUGAAGCGCAACCGUGUCGGUCUCAAGGGUAUCCUUUUCACGCCCAUCUCCCAGUCUGGUCAUAUUUCGUGGAAUGUUGCUAUGCGCCAGCAGCUGGAUAUCUAUGCCUCCGUGGUCUUGUGCAAAUCUCUCCCUGGUUUCCCCACCAGGCAUAACAACGUCGACUUUGCCAUCAUUCGUGAGAACACGGAAGGUGAAUACUCUGGCCUGGAGCACCAGAGUUAUCCCGGUGUUGUCGAGAGCUUGAAGGUUUCCACCAAAGCCAAGGCCGAGCGUAUUUCGCGAUUCGCCUUCGACUUUGCCCUCAAGAACAACCGUAAAAAAGUCACUUGCGUACACAAAGCCAACAUCAUGAAACUUGGUGACGGUUUGUUCCUUAACACGUUCCGUCGCGUUGCUGAGGAGUACAAGUCGUCUGGCAUUGAGUUCAACGACAUGAUCGUUGACAACACUUCUAUGCAACUUGUUGCCCGUCCUGGUCAAUUUGACGUCAUGGUCAUGCCCAACUUGUAUGGCGCCAUCGUUUCCAACAUUGGUGCGGCGCUUGUCGGAGGACCAGGUAUUGUCCCAGGUUGCAACGUUGGCCGUGAAUACGCCCUCUUUGAGCCUGGAUGCCGUCACGUUGCUUCUGACAUCAUGGGUACCAAUCGUGCUAACCCCACUGCAAUGAUCCUCAGCGCAACUAUGAUGCUUCGCCACCUUGGUCUGGACAACCUGGCAAAUAGCAUUGCCAGUGCAACAUUCGGUGUCAUUAACGAGGGCAAAGUUCGCACUGCUGACAUGGGCGGCUCGGCUUCUACAUCCGACUUUACUGCUGCUAUCAUCAAGAAGUUAUAA